AUGCUUACAUUGGGCAAAAAGUCAGUGAAAGAUCCAGCAGCUGUUGAUUUCCUUGAAAAGUCAAUGAUCGUACUGACUUCAAGCACCUCAGAAAAUCCGCUUAAUUUACUUCCGCAGAAAGAUGAGCCAAUGGAUGAUGAAAAUGAAAAAAGUCGUUCAAUAUUUAUGUCUCUUGGCCUCGAUACGGGCAGUAUGGAUCUCAGAUCCACUUCACCUGAAGAUGAUUCUAUUUUCGCAAUUCAUGGAGAAAAAUCAACAACUGAUUCAACGAUGGAUGGACAAUUACAAAUUGUUAGUGGUGGGGGUAGUGGUGACGUAGACUGUGAAGAGGGCACGUCAUCGCCUUUGAAUAACCUCAGUACCAACGAGCACUUGACCUCUCUGAUUGCACAUGUAGCACAUAGUAAUCCCCGGACUCAGUGUCCAGAAUGCGGCAAGCAUUUCCGCAAAGGUUCAUCCUUACAAGUACACAUGACUUUAAAUCAUGGCUUUCCACCUCCAGGAAGUUCUAUAUCUUCUGAUGACCAAGCAGAAAAGAGCUCUGAUUGUGGUACAUCAGCAGAACAUCAAAAUUCUCAAAGCGAAAAUCUUUCAUCAGGUCCUGUUCAUCAUGAGAUCAGAGAGAUCAAAUCAAUGAUUAGUGAAUUACGCUCUGCGCAAGGUACUGCACGAGUUGAACAGUUGUUAACCAGUUUGGAUACACGCGUUGGACGGUUGGAAAAGCAGUUAGAAAUGGCAUUGAAUAGCAUUUAUACAUUGGUUCAACUUCAAACUGGAAUCAAUUCGUCUAUCACAAGGUUCAGGGAGGAGGCUUGUGAGCAAUUAAAAACCGUUAAAGCGAUGCUCAGCGAGUCUUCUGUUUGA